CGCUAAACACGUUUUAGUCACGAUUUAUACAUACGAGUGAGUGUUCAUAGAUAGUAGCUAGUUGGUAACUAUUGAGGUAAAUGAAAUAACAAUAAAUCAGUAUUUUAUAUUGGAUACGACACGUCGGACCAUAAAAAUUAAUUUAAUUUGAUUUUUAUUUAUAAUUCGUGAACAGACCUAUCUGUGUUUAAAAUUAAGUGGUGUGAACAACUAGUCACCAAAUUACCAGAAAAUGAAGUGUUUUAUAUUAAUUAUGUGCAAUUUUCCGCAAACUUUGCAAAAAAGUGAAGGUUGUUAGUGUCAACGUCAACGUGUAUGAGUGAGACACGCGAUGUGUUCAAAUGUUUCGACGUAGCAGAAACGAUAAAGAUGGAUAUAGGGAAUACACGAAAAUUCAACUGUGGGAGGAUGAACCGGCUAACUGGGAUCAUUCGAACACGGAGGAGGGCGGGCGGCGGGGUGCGGGGGACGUGAGCGCGGGCGCCGGCGACAUGUGGAUCAGUGCGGUCGAGAGUUCCAUCCUCAGUUGGGAGGAGGUGGCGGAACGUCUCCAAGUAGACGUGCGUCGGGGACUAUCAUGGCGCGAAGCAAACGACCGGAUGAACUUUGUGGGUCCAAACGAGUUUCAAGUCAAAGAAGAGGAACCGUUGUGGAAGAAGUACAUCGAGCAGUUCCAGAACCCGCUCAUACUUCUGUUGCUAGGUUCGGCGGUCGUCAGCGUCUGUAUGCGGCAAUUCGACGAUGCCUUGUCGAUCACGAUUGCGAUUAUGAUCGUGGUGACUGUCGCCUUCGUUCAGGAGUAUCGAUCGGAGAAGUCGCUUGAAGAGCUGAACAAACUGGUACCACCGACAUGCAACUGUUUACGAGAAGGCAGCGUCGAGCACUUCCUAGCAAGAAAUCUAGUUCCGGGCGACAUAAUCCAUCUUAACGUCGGCGAUCGGGUCCCCGCAGACUUGCGACUCUACGACGCGACCGACCUCGCGAUAGACGAGUCGUCGUUCACCGGCGAAACGGAACCCGCCUCGAAGAGCGUUUUACCGAACAAAGCUGCAGCUGGAAGGGUUAAUAAGGAUAACAUCGCUUUUCUCGGCACGCUUGUGCGAUGUGGAAACGCGAAGGGUAUCGUAGUGAGCACAGGCGAGCGGUCAGAAUUCGGUGACAUCUUCCGCAUGAUGCAAGCCGAGGAAGCUCCGAAGACGCCUCUCCAGAAAUCCAUGGACACUCUUGGAGCUCAGCUGUCGUUGUAUUCCUUCUGCAUCAUCGGUUUUAUCAUGGUCACGGGCUGGCUGCAAGGCAAGCAGCUGCAGGAGAUGUUCACCAUCGGCGUCAGUUUGGCUGUAGCUGCUAUUCCUGAGGGUUUGCCAAUCGUGGUGACGGUGACUCUAGCGCUCGGGGUGAUGCGAAUGGCCAAGAGGAAUGCCAUCGUCAAGAAGCUGCCCACUGUUGAAACUCUAGGAUGCGUCAAUGUCAUAUGCAGUGAUAAAACUGGGACGUUAACUAAAAACGAGAUGACAGUAACAACGCUGUCAACCUCUGGCGGCCAUAUAGCGGAGGUGACGGGCGCCGGGUACAGUGCUAGAGGCGAUAUUCAGUUGAGGGCUUACAAGGGACGGGACCUCGAUGUGGCGAGGAUGGGAGUCAACAGUAUGCUAGAGGUGGGUGUAAUCUGCAACAACGCUGUGAUCCGAGACGACGUCCUGUACGGCCAGCCUACAGAGGGCGCCUUGCUGGCUUGUGCUAUGAAGAACAACAUGCAUGAGGUUCGCGACCAGUACACGAGGCUCAAUGAAAUACCUUUCAGUUCGGAAACCAAGAUGAUGGUAGUGAAAUGCGCGCCAAAGUUCAACGAUGGCAAUCUGAAGGAAGAGGUAUUCGUGAAAGGCGCCAUCGAGAAAGUGUUGCCAUUAUGCACUCAGUACAUAGACAGUGCGGGCAACUAUGCGCCUAUAACUAAGGAGAAGCAAGCGGAUUUCCUCAACGAGGCUUAUAACAUUGGACGGAUGGGUUUGCGCAUAAUAGCCCUCUGUCGCGGCCCAAGCCUAGAAUCCCUCACAUACACGGGCGUAUGCGGCGUGUGCGACCCUCCCAGAGAGUCAGCAAGGGACGCCAUCGCCGCGUUGCGAAGGGCCCAAGUCCAAGUCAAAAUGGUCACUGGCGACGCGAGACCCACUGCUUUGGCUGUUGCACAAAUGGUUGGACUGGACGUCUUACAUUCUCAGUCUCUGUCGGGAGAGCAGCUGGAAGCGAUGUCUGAUGACGAAUUGGACGCCGUUAUCGAUAACGUAACGGUAUUUUACCGAGUGACUCCUAAGCAUAAACUGUCGAUUGUUAAAUCGCUACAGAGGCUCGGCAACAUCGUUGGAAUGACAGGCGAUGGUGUGAACGACGGGGUGGCGCUAAAGCGCGCGGACAUCGGCAUCGCAAUGGGGCGUAAUGGCACCGACGUGUGCAAGGAGGCCGCCGAUAUGAUCCUGGUGGAUGACGACUUCGCUACUAUCAUUUCCGCAAUCGAGGAGGGCAAGUGCAUAUUCUACAACAUCCGCAACUUCGUGCGCUUCCAACUGUCCACGUCUAUCGCGGCGCUGUCGCUCAUCGCGCUCGCUACGCUCAUGGGCGUGCCCAAUCCGCUCAACGCGAUGCAGAUACUGUGGAUCAACAUCAUUAUGGACGGCCCCCCCGCGCAAUCGCUAGGCGUGGAGCCGGUGGACCACGAGGUGCUUCGACGGCGGCCGCGCGACACCAAGCGACGCAUCAUAUCGAGAUCGUUGCUGCUAUCCGUGCUGCUUUCCGCCGCCAUCAUCAUUGCUGGCACGCUCUGGGUGUUUAAUAGAGAGAUGUCGGACAACAAGAUAACGCCGCGCGACACCACGAUGACGUUCACUUGCUUCGUGCUGUACGACAUGUUCAACGCGCUGUCGUGUCGCUCGCAGACCAAGUCCGUGUUCCAAGUUGGAUUCUUCUCUAACAAGAUGUUCCUGAUAGCGGUGACUCUGAGCCUGGUGGGGCAGAUGCUGGUCAUCUACUUCCCGCCGCUGCAGCGAGUCUUUCAGACCGAGGCGCUGACUGGACAUGAUCUCAUAUUCCUAGUCUGUCUAACAUCAAGCGUAUUCAUAGUGAGCGAAAUCAAGAAACUCAUAGAACGCACCCUCAAGAGACGGUCCUUUGGAAAGUUCUCGACGAAGGCUCACGACGCGUUGGACUUUGUAUGAC